AUGUCGUGGGUGGGCAGGCGCAGCGCGCAGGGAAGGGCAGGGGCAGCCCCGGAGGGAGGCGGCGAACGGGGGGAGGCUGAUCUGGGGAAGGUAGAACUGGGGAAGGUAGAACUGAGGGUGGCGGAAGCGGGGCAGAGGGAUGAACUUGGGGAGACGAGUAUUUGGGAGGACCAGGAGGAUGGGCCUAGGUCGGGGGAGGAGGAGAAAGCUAAAGGCGGUGAUAAACAAGAGGAGCUGGGAGGUGGUUUAGAGGGGGCUAAGAGGUGUGGGAAGGAUGGUGAGACGGUUCGGAAUGGGGAUUUGAGUUUUGAGGUGCCUCAAAAGUCGAGGCAUGGCAAGGCUGCUGCUGAAGAGGUUCAGCAUGGGGGUUUGUAUGGUGAAACGCCAAGAGGAGCAGCAGCGGCUACAGCGCGUCGCAAGUCUGGUGGGGUGGUUGGGCACGGGGAGUUGAGCUUUGAGGAAACGCCAAUGCCCAUGCCUCAAAAGCAGACGGUUGUGCAUGGGGGGGACUUGUAUGGGGAGAUGCCAGUGCCAAGAGGUGAGGGUAAGAGGGAUGGCAAGGCUGGUAAGGCGGCCGGGCACAGGGAUUUGUAUUGCCACGGAGAUCUGUAUGGGGGACCAUCGAUAUCGCAGCUAUCAUCCCCAUCCUCCUCAUCCUCCUCCUCAGUAUCAGAGGGAGCAGCAGUGAGAACAGAAGGGGAGGCAGCAGGGAAGAAUGAGUCGGGUGCCGGUCGGAUGACAGACGACAGAGCGAUUGGCAGAGGGAUAGGGAGAGAGAGUGGCAGAGAGAGUGACAGAGAGAGUGGCAGAGACGUAGGCAGAUCAGCCCGCAGGAGUAUGAGGGGAAUCUCUACAGUCCCAGACAGCCCCAGUAGCAGGAGACGUGGGGGCGCGGUGGGCAGUGGCAGACAGUUGGGGUACGGCGGGGCUGUGGGGUCCUUCAGAGAUGUUGCCGUGCCUUCAGGCGAUAUGUGGGACGCUGUGCCGCCACACAUGCCAUUUGAGGCAAUUGAUUCGGUUCCAAGUGAUUCGGGGUACAGUCGCCGCCGCCGUGCGUCGGGCCAGUUUGACCCCUCGUCUGCAGGCGAUGCCGGUGGUGGCUCAGGUCGCUGGAAUGGUUCAGAACGGUUCAGUGGGCGUGGGGAGGAGCGUGGUGAGCCUGAGGGGCGGCAGAUGAGGCAGCAGCAGCAAAAACAGCAGCCGCAGCAGCAGCAGCAGCAGAAGCAGCAGCAAAAGCAGCAAGAGGAUAAUGAGCAGCAGAAGCAGAAGAAGCAGCAACAGCAACACGAGCAGCAGAAGAGGCAGGUAGCUAGCCCCCCGCCACUGAAACUAGCAGAGGGGGGAGGUGUGCAGGGGAGCGUGUUGGGGCGUCCGUACGUCUCUCUUCAGAGUCGCUUCGUGGUGGGCAGGCGGGAGAUAGGGCGAGGGCAGUUCGGGGUGAUCUACAAGUGUGUGCCGCGCGGUGCGCUUGGCGGGGUGGCGUUCGCGUGCAAGACCAUCAAGAAGAGGAACAUUGAGACCCUCCCAGCAGCAGAGGACAUUCAGCGGGAAGUAGAAGCACUGGAGAAAACCCUGCCCGCAGCAGAGGACAUUCGGCGAGAAGUAGAAGCACUGGAGAAAGUAAAAGGGCAUCCGGGCAUUGUAGAGCUGCACUCUGUCUUUGAGGACCCCCAAGCAGUGCACCUGGUGAUGCAGCUGUGCCGCCAUGGGGACCUCUUCGACCAUGUCAAGAUGCGCACACGCCUCCCCGAACCCACCGCUGCGUGCAUUCUGUCGCAGCUGCUGCACGCGCUGCAGCACUGCCAUGACUUGGGCGUGAUUCACCGCGAUGUGAAGCCGGAGAAUGUGCUGAUAUAUGCAAGGGGAUGGCGGCGGCGGGGACGGGGAGAAGGUUCUUGCAUGCCCUGCAUGGACCCAGUGGGAACGGCCAUGUACAUGGCGCCGGAGCUGCUGCAAGGCAGGUACGGGCCGGCAGCAGACGUGUGGAGCGCCGGCAUCGUGCUCUAUGUCAUGCUCUCCGGGGCUCUUCCUUUCUUUGCCACCAAGAACCGCACGCUGGUUGAGGCGAUAAUGCACGGGCCGGCUCGCAUGGAGGGGCCGCGGUGGGAAGGAGUGUCGGAGGGAGCGAAAGCGGUGGUGCGGAGGAUGCUUGAGAAAGAUCCAGAGGAGAGGGCAACGAUACAACAGAUUCAUGGCCCAGCGGCGCGGGAUGCGGCGCAGGAUGAGUACGCCCUGGCGGACGAUCAUCGGUCGCAGGGCGACGUCGCAGAGUGGCCGUCGGCUCUCGACCAGCUGUCGCAGCCGAACUCGUUUCGCGCGGACGACUGGGACCUGGAGCAAGGCGACAGCCGAGAUCCCGACGGCGAAAUCGGCGAGGAAGCCGGUAUUUGCGACAGCCGAAUCGGCCGCGGUGCCAGCGGGAGAAUGGGGCAGUCCGCCGGCGCGAGCAGGAGGGGGGAAGGCGGGGAUAGCAUGAUACGCGGAGAGAGAGGCGGAGAGAGGGACGAUGGGGGAUAUAGAGGCAGCGCUAGAAGCGGAAGGAGCGAGGGGGGGGCUUACGUAGUCGAGAUGGACAUGGGUAGGCAGGAGACUCUUUCGCAUGGCCUCGCGGACAUGCCGGAUGGUAACCCGGUAACCAUAGCGACUGCCAGAGGCUUGGCCGAUGGCGAUGCCGCCGCGAGAGGCGGUGAGAGUGAGAGCAGCGGCGACUCGUACCGUGACGCGGAGAGCUUCUCGUCUUCUGGCGAGUCUAGUCUUAACGAGUACGGGCAGGAGGGCGACGAAGACGAGAGUCUCAGCAGCCACGCAGGGGACGAGGAGGACGAAAUCGGGGAAGCCUAUAACGGGGCGAAGAGGAGCACGCACUGGGUUACCGCAUGGCCGGCUCUUUUCCUCGCAGGCACGGCCCUCUCCCUCACCUACGAAUCUGGGACGGCACUGGGCUAUCGCAUCUGGCCGGCGCUCUUCCUCGCAGGCACAGCCCUCUCGCUCACCUACGGCGCACUCCACGUGACCCUGCCGCGCCUGCACCUCGUCCUCUACUCCCUCGUGAUCGCCACAGACCGCACGCUCUUUGUGCUCCUCCUCGCCUUCUUCCUCAUGCGCUUCCUCCGCCGCCAGCCCACCGACCUCACCCCACUCGACCGCGUGUCCAACACCUUCCGCCUCUUCUUCUUCUCCUUCCUCAUCUCCUUCAUCUUCGAGGGCAUCGUGUCGAUCGUUCUCUCUCUUAUCGGAGCCGAGACGCCGGAAACCGCGGCCAUUACUGGGUGCUUUCGGACGCUGGCGAGCUUUUCAGGGAUUAUUCUCACGAUGCCGUUACUUAUGCAAGUGUCGGUGUGGAAACCUUUUCCAGCAGCAUCAGCAUCAACAGCAGCAGCACAAGUCCAGCCCAAUUCUCCUUCUCCACAUUCCCCAUCCCAUCCGCCCUCCCUCUCCUUCCCUUCCACACAAAUCUGGUCACGCUUCCUCUGCCACCUCCUCUCCACCCCCAAGAGCUGGGAAUUCCUUGCUCUAUUCCUCCUCAACACAGGCAUCUCGCUCCUCAUUUUCGCCCCAGGAGCCAGCCCGCUCAUCGUCUCCCUCCCCUACAUGCUCUUCCCGGGGGUCCUCUGGGCAGCGGUUAGGUUUAACCGCCACGGGUCGGGCCUCAUACUGCUGCUGGUGGUGCUGAUCGCGUGCUGCUGCACGGCGAGAGGGUGGGGCCCGCUGGUGAGGGAGAAGGCGAAUGAGACGAUUCUGCAGCUGCAGGUGUUUGUGGUGACGGUUGGAGUGGUGGGGGUGGUGGUGGCGGCGGCUGUGAGGGACACGAAUCGGCUGAGGAAGGAGCUGCGGCGGCUGAAUGCACGGUUGGAGGGGGAGGUGCAGCGGCGGACAGAGCAGAUCAGGCAGUAUAACGAGGAUCUGAAGAAGUCAAAGGAGGAGUUGGAGGAGGCGGGGAGGGCCAAGACGGAGUUCCUGGCCAACAUGAGCCAUGAGAUCCGCACGCCCAUCCACGGCUUCAUCGGCAUGACAGCCCUGGCCAUGGGCACUCUCGAGUCCCUGCGAGCUGCUGCCCGUACCAUCUUGCCCCUGUUCCUUCACCCUCGAGUCCCUCCGAGCCAUUCCCCUACCGCCCAUACCAUCCGGGAGAAGGGGCGAUGUCUGCCCAUACCAUCCGGACCCUUCCUUUUUCCUCACCUCCUCAUUCCCCUCCCAUGCCCCUCUCCCGCCCCUCCCCUUCUUCCCAACCUUCCACCCUAUCCCCCCAGCACGCCCAUCCACGGCAUCAUCGGCAUGACAGCGCUCGCCAUGGACACCCUCGAGUCCCUCCGAGCCAUCCCACUGCCGCCCAUCCCUCACCACUCCUCCUCCCACUCUGCCUCUGCCGCCGCCGCCGCUGCAGCAGCAGCGGCAUUAGCGGAGCGGAGCGAUCUAACGGUGGAGGUGCAUGAGCAUCUGACGGUGGUGGCUCAGUCGGCCGAUUGUCUGCUGAACAUCGCCAACACUGUGCUGGACCUUGCCAGGAUAGAGGCCGGACAGCUGGCUCUGGAUAAAGUCCCGUUCCGGCUGCGGGACGUGGUUGGUUCGACCAUGAGAAUGCUGCAGUCGACCAUGCGCAUGCUGCAGGUGAGUGGCUUCACGGGGAUUCACAGGUGGUGGGUUCACAGGGAUCUGCUGCUGAGCAUCGCCAACACCUUGCUGGACCUUGCAAGAAUAGAGGCGGGGCAGGCAGCUGGCGCUGGAUGCAGUGCUGUUCAGAUUGAGGGAUGUGGUGGGUGGGGUCGAGUCGACCAUGCGCAUGCUGCAGUGAGUGCUGGCGGAUCCACCACGCACAUGAUCCAUCCGUAUGGUGGUGCUGCUGGUAGUGCUGCAGGCAGUGCUGGUUUGUCGCCCACCUGCCGUUACUGCAAGAAAACGGGUCACACCAUCGAUGAAUGCUUCAAAUUGAAGAAGAAGAAAGAGCUUGAAGAAAGCUCUAAACGGGAGAAAUCCGUCUUCCAACCCUCGGUGCAUGUCUCCACCAGCUCCUAUGCUGAAGCUACUCCGACCCCCACACCCCCUCCUGCCCCAUCAACCCCUCAGUCCGUACCUGAUUCCCGGUACGUGGACAUUGCUGUCAGCACCAGCCACCACCCCAUCUUCUCCACAUGGACUCCUCUCGUCGCUGCUGUCUUCAUUCUCACCAUCCUCCUUCUCCUCCUCCUCUUCCCUUAUGGGGCUCCCUACGCAUCGGCAUUCACGGCCUCCUCAUUCAAUAUGGAGCGGACUUCGUCGUGGCUGGUGGACAGCGGCGCAUCCUCCCAUAUCUGCUCGGAUCGUUCGCUGUUUUCGUCUCUCAAGAAGUCCAACGAAGAGAUCCUUGUUCGUUUUGGUGGAGGAGAGACUUACAAGGUCUUGGGAGUCGGCACGGUGGUGGCUACUCUUCGGUCACCAACAUCGGAAACCACCAUUCAGCUUGACAACGUUCUAUUUCUCCCUUCAUCAGUUCACAAGCUGCUCUCUGUUCGUGCGCUUGGUGCUGCCGGCGUUGCCGUCUCGUUCCCCGCUGCUGGGCGCGUUGUUCUCACAUCUGAUGACGUUCCUAUUGGCGAGGGCUACACCCGCAACAAUCUGUUUUAUCUUCAACUGCAUCAUGGGAGCAGUGCUGCUCCUUCUAUCAAGCCAACUGCAUGUCCAGCCUCCACCACCACCUCCUCGUACCUCUGGCAUCGUCGUUUCGGGCAUCUCAACAUGCAGGCCUUGUCAACACUUCAUCGGCAGCAGCUGGUCACCGGUGCGAGCAGAGCAGAAGCAGCUGGCGUUCUCAUGGCAUGUGGCGGAGAAGGUACCUCUGGAUCUUAUGGAAGCAGAUGCGCGACACGGGCAUUCAGACGGUCACACUCACUCCUUCCUUCCGUUCCUCCCCAUGCCUCUCUCCCCUCUCUGCAGGUGCGCGCAGAGCAGAAGCAGCUGGGCUUUUCAUGGCACGUGGCGGAGAAGGUGCCUCUGGAGCUCAUGGGGGACCCAGGCCGGCUGCAGCAGUGCCUCAUCAACCUGGUGGGCAAUGCGAUCAAGUUCACAGAGACAGGCACUCCCGCUGGUGCUGGUGGUGUGGGUUCUCUGGCUGCAGCUGCUGCUGCUGCUGCCGCCGCAGCAGAUGCGUCACGCCGGCCCCAGUCAAGGGAAGGCGUUCUUUUGUCUGCUUCUGAUAAGAUUCCUGGAAGUUUCCUCGCGUUUCUGGGGAGGUCCUUCACCAGGAGGAGAGGAGACGGCAGGAGGGAGGAGAGGGAAGGGGAGAGGGAGGAGGAGAGGAGAGGGUGGGAGGGAGGAGAAGAGAGAGUAAGACCAGCAUCGAGUGAUGCGUAUACUCGUCGUGGUGGAGGCGGUGCUGCUGCUGCUGCACUAGGCGAUGGCUGUGGCGCAGCAGCAGCACAAUCAUCACAACUGUCACCAUCGGGAGGAGGAGCAGCAGAGGCAGCAGCAGCAGGAGUAGCAGAGGCAGAUGCUACCGCCCCCAGGCCCACCUGUCCAGACGCUAGCUCAGGCUGGCACUCCGACCCUCCCAGCCGCCCGACCUCCUCCCACCGGUCCACGCUCGGCAGGUCCGGUAGCCGCCGAGCCUCCCUCUUUGGUCCGGGUAAGAGAAGCCGACGUGGCAGCCAGGAGUUGGCUGAGCUGGGAGGUGGGGUAGGGAUAUACCAGUGUCUUGGUUACGAGGCUGGUGAUUGGUCAGAACCCUGGGCAGGGGGAGAGGGACGCACAGAUAGCGGGGAGGAAACAGGGGACUUGGGAGGGGUUUGGAGGAGUGGGAGGAGGCAGGAGAAGAGCUGGGGCCGGGGGUCGAGAAGAGGGGGAGAGGGAGGGGGGGUGUCGGCUAGAGGAAGAGGGAGUGAGGGAGUGGUGGAGUGUGGGAGUCUGUCAGAUGGGGAGUCGUUUCCUAGAGAGAGGGGUAGAGGUAGGAGUAUAGAGAGGGGUGUAGGGAGAGGUGGCGAUGUGGACAGAGACGAGGAGAGGGAUGAGGAGGACUUGCAGGUGCCUGUGUCUCGAACGCGCUCCAGUGAGACUCGCAGCAGGCGGGUUGACUUCUUAGAUGUUGGGCUGGCAGGCAGCGGGAGAAGCAGCGGCAAGUGGAGCGAAGGGGGACUGAGCAGCCGCAGGGGAGGAGCUGGGUCGCGGGCCGGCAGUGGGUUCUUCUCGCGGGCAAGAGAAGAAAGAGAGAGGGAGAGGGAUAGUGAUCACGAGUUGGGGUCGCCACACCCACAGAGAGUCCUGGAUUUUAGAGACCUAGGGGAGGCAGACGAAGCUCAUGGCAAGCCGUCCUUUCUGGGUGCCAUGCAAGCGUGCACACCCCCCAUGCUCUCCCCCAUGGCCCGCGCUCUCCCCCCACCGCAACCCACCCUCUCUCGCCAAUCCAUGCCGGCCCUCGCAUCCGCUUCCGCACCUGUUUCCGCGCCUGGCUCCGAGCCUCGCUCCGUGCCCGAGCAUGCGCUCGCCCCAGGCUCGGCUCCCGGACCUCUGGUGUCGCAACGGAGCAAUGUGUCCCAAGCGAGUGAUUAUUCCUCUGUAGUGGAGUUAAGCCGAAACAGCAGUGCACGGUCCCAUGCUAGAGGCCAGGGUUUCGGGUUUAGACCAUCUGAGGCAUCUCAAGCUCAGUCUUUGCUCUAUACCGGGUAUACUCCCCAAGGGAAGGCGUAUGCUGGGAAUUUUCCGGGUGUUCAGCCCUUGGUUUACACACCUGAAGGGACAGUGUUGGACCGGACCGAGAGUGACAACCUGGCAAGGGUGGUGGGUGCAGAGCAGUUGGAAGGGUUUGGGAGGAGUAGGAGUGUGCGGGUGCAAGAGGGGCGGGGGCAGGGAGGAGUGAGGCCGAGAGGUGGGGGGAGGUAUUUUUACUCGCAGCAGCACCAGAGGCAGCCUAGGGAGGGCCGCGGGGGGGAAGGGGGAGGCGGGGGAGGGGUAGCAGGAGGGGGAGGAGCAGGAGGAACGGGGAGAGGGGAGGAGGGGGGGAGGGGGAAGCGUGGCGCCGGUAUGAGUGUGGGAAUGAGUAUAAAGAACAUGCUGUGGGGGCAGUCAUCUAAUGUGAGCACCCAGCGGCUUGAUACUAGUGACGAGGAGGAGGAGAGGGAAGGAGAAGGGAGGCGAGGAGGAGGGAGGGAGAGGGAGGGAGAGGAGCAAGAUGAGGAGGAGGAAGGGGAGGAGGGGAGUGAGGGAGGGGGGUCGGUGUGGCUGAUGGUAGCUGUGAAGGACACGGGGAUUGGGAUCAGCCGGGAGAAGCAGGGAGAUAUUUUCCACAACUUUGUGCAGGCAGACACGUCAAGCACGAGAGUGUAUGGCGGCAUCGGGCUUGGUCUCAGCAUCGUGCAGAGUCUGGUGUACAUGAUGGGGGGCGAGAUCUGGGUGGAGAGUGAACCCAGGCGCGGCUCCGCUUUCUUCUUCACAGCUCGCCUCAAUCCUCAAUGA